CAACAAACCUUCAUCAUGUCUCUGUCAGCCUUGUCUGUGGGAGGCAGACUGGAGAUCAUCAGAACUACCACAGAGCUGCAGCCUUUAAUGCAAAUGCAGCGGGAGAGGGAAAGUGGAUCAUCGGCAGAGGGGACCUGGCCAGCGAUUUCUGGGGAACUACCACAGCGAGCAGAUACUUUGGAUGAAUACUUUGAAUAUGACGCAGAGGAGUUCCUGGUCUCUCUGGCCUUGCUCAUAACAGAAGGACGGACGCCGGAAUGCUCCGUGAAAGGGCGCACAGAGAGCUCCCAUUGCCCCCCAGCGCAAUCCUGUCACCCAGCCGCCACCCGACAUGAGUGCAGCGACCGGCUGGCCCAGUGUCGCCAAGCCAGGCGAACCAGGUCUGAGGUCACUCUGCUGUGGAAGAACAACCUCCCGGUCAUGGUGGAGGUGAUGCUGCUCCCGGACUGCUGCUACAGCGACGAUGGGCCCAGCACAGAAGGGGCCGAUCUGAAUGACCCUGCCAUCAAGCAGGACGCCCUGCUGCUGGAGAGAUGGGUCCUGGAGCCAGUGCCGCGGCAGAGUGGCGGUCGGUUCGUUGAAGAGAAGACUCUCCUGCUGGCCGUGCGCUCGUUCGUGUUCUUUUCCCAGUUAAGUGCUUGGCUGAGUGUCUCUCACGGUGCUGUCCCACGAAACAUCCUGUACAGGAUCAGUGCCGCUGACGCAGACCUGCAGUGGCGUUUCCCCCAGACUCCAGUCGAACACGUGUUUCCUGUCCCCAACGUUUCUCACAGCGUGGCCUUGAAAGUCAGCGUUCAGUCCCUACCCCGACAGUCCAGUUACCCAGUCUUGAGCUGUAGUAUUCACACGAGCCUUGGCCUUUAUGAGGACAGAAUUGAAGAGCACGAGCGUAAAGCACACCAGCACCACAGUUCCACUGAAGCAGAGCAGUGCAGUCCGACCAGCUCGCUGCGUCUGUGCAGCAGGCAGGCGUGGACCACGGGGCCUGAGAGUGUUGUGCCACACGUGAGAAGUAGCCCAGCCCCAGAGCCCACUGCAGCUACCAGGGACAGUGGGCCAUGUCCAGCCUCAGGCUCAGGCAGGAAGUCCCCCUUCGGGACGUCUCGGGCCGGUCUUCUGGGCUUGGGUGGCCUAGGAGACAUAAAACCCCCUGAAACGUCCAUGAGAACUUGGAAAUCGCUUUCAGUGGUGGAUCCCAGCGUCGCCAGCCACCAGAGCUCCUGGCAGCCAGUUGGUGAGAUGCACCCUCUGAUAGACUCCUUAAUCCAGGACCGACAAGAAGUCAUUGCAAGAAUUGCUCAGCACCUGAUUCAUUGUGACCCGAGCACUUCCCACAUUUCCGCACACCCAUUUGCCACUCAGGAGUCCAGUGCCCUGCAUCCGAAACUGUGCCAGGCUUCCCCGGAGAGGGAUGAUGUGAGAAAAUGUAAAGAUGCGUUCUUCAUUUCUUUUGGUGGUCCAGAGUUCAGUUCCACAGAAGACACUACUGAGGGAAAAAUUCGAGGGAAACCAGAGCCUCUGAGAAGCGAGACUCGCCUCUCCAGCGGUCUGCACUCUCCCCGAGAUGCUGGGGAUGCAAACCCUCUGAUUGGCACCUUGCUGCAGGAGCGGCAGGACGUGAUCGCCAGGAUCGCACAGCACCUGGAACACAUGGACCCUGCAGCCCCCCGCGCUCCCCGGCCCGCCCUCCACCCACGCGACCCCAGCAGCCUUCCUUCCAAAGUGUUCCGGAGCUCCUGUGCCGGCAAGCACUCCUGGAAGAAGCGCGGGGACAGUGCCUCCUCUGCCCUUCCUCCUCCAAAACUGCCCUUGCUGGGGGACAGCACGGACGGAAAAGGCUUACCACCCGACAAGACCUGUGGUCCUUUCCGAUGCGGCAGUACAGAAAAGUCCUCCACAGACCCGCACGUGGAAUCCCACGUGCGGACUCAGCACCAGCUCAGCUCCCACGAUGGCAUCCAGAGCACGUGUCUGGCGACACGGGACAGAGCUGCAGCUCCCUUGGCUUCCCCACACGUGUGCCAGUGCAGAGGCCGUGACUUAGGCGCCACCAGCAGAUUGGAGAGCAUACUCUCGGGGUCACGGUGUAAGAAGCAAGACAGCAGCAUGGGCGUUGGUGAGCAGUGUUCAGACCGCAGCAGUACUGACAAGAAGACCUGCGUGAAUGGGCAUGAAGGGAAGGUGAUAAGCAGUGACCGCUAUAACCCGGAAUCCUUUGAUAAUCUCCAGUGUGAUAACUCAAAAAAAAUUCACUCAAAUGUGAAAGUUACUAUGUUGGAAAUGUCUGAAUAUUUGAACAAGUAUGAAAAUAAUUGCUCAAAUAAAGUCUCAAAAAAGCUGAAGAAAUAUGAGCAAAAUACUCAACUUAAUAGCAUGGAGAAUUAUCUCAGUAGAGAUAAUGAAGGUCUCAAAUGCAAAAAAUCCGAACAGUUAAAAAAUGAGGAGUAUAAGAAAGAUUCAUUGGCCGAAAAAUCUCAAAACUGUUCUCAGAGAAAGAGUAUAAAAGACUGUUUGUCUCCUUGUGAUCAACUGAAAAAUGCAAAGAUAUUGAGGACCGCACUGAAAUACUCAAGUGUCUGGCAAAAGCCUAACUUUCAUUCCCUGGACGGAACUUCAACCCGAGCCUUUCACCCCCGAACUGGAUUGCCUCUUCUUUCAAGUCCCGUUCCUCAGAGAAAAGCACAGUCAGGUUGCUUUGAUCCGGAUUCUUCAUUACUACAUCUGAAAAGCUUAUCAUCUAGAAGUCCUCGACCAUGUUUAAACAUUGAAGAUGACCAACAUAUUCACGAAAAGCCUUUUUUGAGUUCUAGCGCUCCAUCUGUAACAAGUCUGAGUCUCCUAGGGAAUUUUGAGGAGUCUGUUCUGAACUUCCGUUUAGACCCCCUCGGGGUGGUGGACGGCUUUACUGCCGAGGUGGGGGCCAGUGGCGUGUUCUGCCCCACCCACCUGACCCUCCCGGUGGAGGUGUCCUUCUACAGUGUUUCUGAUGACAACGCCCCCUCUCCUUAUAUGGGUGUGAUUACUUUAGAGUCCCUUGGUAAAAGGGGUUACCGAGUACCUCCUUCAGGAACAAUACAAGUGACCUUGUUCAACCCCAAUAAGACUGUGGUGAAGAUGUUUGUUGUGAUGUAUGACUUGCGGGGCAUGCCGGCCAACCACCAGACAUUCCUCCGACAGAGGACCUUCUCCGUGCCUGUGAAGCCGGGGGCCCGGAGCAGUGUCGGCAAGGACAGCGCCCGGCACCCGGAAGAGCGCCUGUUACGCUACCUCAUCCACCUGAGGUUCCAGAGCUCUAAGUCUGGAAAGAUCUACCUCCACAGGGACGUGCGGCUCCUGUUCUCUAGAAAGUCCAUGGAGGUCGAUAGCGGUGCUGCAUACGAACUCAAGUCUUACACCGAGUCGCCCACGAACCCCCGGUUCUCACCACGAUGCUGACCGGGAGUGACACGUCGGAGUGCUCGCUCAGUGCCCGGGUGUGAGGUACAGAGCCACACAGCGUGGCGUGCACCAAAUGGCAGUGAGGACAGUGGCCCCUCUCCCGCCGCCCUGGACCAGUUUCGCUGAGGGCUCCCGGCAAGGAGGCCCGAACCUUGCCCGAACCGUAGGCGGAAAGCGCUCCCAUCCCGGCCCCUCGGACUGUGGAAACCACUUCGUUGGACACAUUGCAAUAGCAAAGGCCCUGUAGUUAGUGUUUACACAUUUUGUUUCUGUUAUUUACUAUUUAAUGUUUUCCUUAAUACUCAAGUGAUGUUUGUCUGUAGUGUUCUAAUGUAGCACAAAUCUUAUGUAAAGUCAUACUAUGUAUUUUUGACAUUAAUGUUGGAAUCUGAAAUAUAUGCACAAGUCUUUAAUUUUGUGUGAUGUGUUUUAAAUGCUACUCAUUUAAACUAUUGAAAAUGAAGAUGAACUGUUGAGCUUCUCUACGAUUAAUGCACUAUGCAAGCAUGUGUACUUUUUCUAUCUCCCACGUGGAGUUUUUACCUUGCGGUGCAGGCUGGCAUGAGUUCUGGCCGAUCACCCUGCCUUUCUGAUCUCCCGUCAGGCUACCUGUCCUCAAAUGGUUCUAUUUUUCCUUAAUCACUACUCAAGAGGCUUCACAUUAAACUGCUGUCCCAUGCUAGAUCAUUUUCUGAAAUUGUUAAAGUUAUGUACUUUGAAAACAAAUUAGUAUUUAUUGUAAAUAUAUGCCAAAAAACUAAAAACAAAGUGUAUUUGGCUUUUAUUGUUAGUGGAGACAUUCAUGUGACUAAAUCGGUGAGUUAGCCAGUCAGGCAGCUGCCGAGGUGGGGAAGGGGUCUUACCGCUUCUGGUUCGAGGCACAGCAGAAGGCUGUUGGCAGCAAGCAAGGGGACCUGAGUGUGUGGAAAGCCUUCUUCCAGUGUGCCUGGGAAGAACACGUGGCCCUGGGUCCUGCACGGGCCCUGUGGGAGCAGCAG